AUGCUGGCCUCUGCUGGCACUAUACAGGUCGUUGCAGACGCAUUGAGAAAGUACAAGCCCGCAUGCAGCAUUGUUGAUCCGGUCAUGGUAGCGACCAGUGGAGCAAGGCUUCUGAAAGAGGAAGCCAUCAAGACACUCUGCACAGAGCUCUUACCUGUCACGGGGUUGAUCACGCCCAAUAUUCCGGAAGCACUCCUCCUACUCGAAGAAUCUGGCCACAAAGUCGACGACAUCAAGGAUCUGGACGGCAUGAAGCGCCUAGCUAGAGCAGUGGCUGAUCUCGGUCCCAAAAGCGUGCUGAUCAAAGGCGGACACAUCCCGCUGAAGAAGAACUAUGAAGUUGCUUCCACUGAUGACGAGAAGGAAGUCCUGGUCAACAGAGCAGUACGUGCAGCUGGUCGCUACGUCGAGGCUGGCAUCAAGACGAGUGUCGAUCUUGGCAAAGGCUCUGGUCCGAUCAACCACUUCCAUUCUCUCAAUAUCAUGCCCUUUCCACCUGGCGGCUUCGUGGACUGGUUGCUAGAACGAGAAGAUGUUCGAAAAGUCUGGAAGGAAUUCACCCAGCACGAAUUCGUCGAGCAGAUGGGCGACGGUACUCUGCCUGUCGAGAGCUUCAAGUUCUAUAUGGUGCAAGACUAUCUUUACCUGACACAAUUUGCUCGAGCCAAUGCACUUGCUGGUUACAAGGCUAAGACUCUAGAGGGGGUUGCAGCAUCUGCUGGUAUCGUCACGCAUAUUCAUACCGAAACCAAGCUCCACGUCUCCGAGUGUCUAGAGCUGGGCGUCACAAUGGACGAACUACGCAACUCGGAAGAGCACCAAGCCUGCACAGCAUACAGCCGCUAUAUCCUCGAUAUCGGCGCAUCAGAAGACUGGCUCGCCCUUCAAAUAGCCAUGUUCCCUUGCCUCCUCGGCUACCACCAUAUUGCGAAGCGUCUUUCCUCUCUCCAAGACCCUUCUGCGCCCAAGAAUGCAAACCGCUACCGCCAGUGGAUUGAUAACUACAUCGCUGACGAUUACACUCAAGCCGUUGGCAAAGGCAUGGAGUACUGA